UUUCGUUAACCAAUCCCGGUGCCAUUGGUAGUGCCAGCAGCAGCAGCAGCAGCAGCACUAGUAUGCUGGGUGCUUCCCUGUCGCUAGCUGCCCUUGCACCACAGAACCUAACUGCCAGCUGUUCGAUUGGUGCUCCGUCGUCGAGCGAAACCGGUGGAGGUUCUGGACGCGGCAACAGCUUGCGAAAUAACGAAGGAGGCAGCGGUAGUAGCGGUGGUGCUGGUGCAUCGGAACCCGGCACCUCUCAGGAGCGAUCUGGUGGUCAGGAGAUGGAUCUGGAAGAUCUGAUUGCACCUUCGAAACUAUCAAAAUCGGGUGGUGGUGUGCUGAGUGAGGAGGACGAUCCGCAGAAGCAGAUCAUGUUGCUGAAGCAGAAACAGAAGCUACUGCAACAGGAGCACCUGAAGAAGGUACAUGAAGCACAAGAGGCGCAGCGAUUGAUCGAACAGCAACGCAUUGCAGCGGUCGAGCAGAAGAAGCACGAGCAACAGCUGCAGCAACAGCAGCAGCAGCAGCAGCAGCAGCUUGCCAGCGCCGAUCCUGCCUACAACCAUCAACAGAUGCCUCCAUCAACCCCGGAGGAUCCAUCCGAAUCAGCUCUGCAACGGCAUCGCGAAUCGUCGAAACGUCGUCGCGGUGAAAGCGAGCACGAGGAAGAGGCAUCCGGUAGAGGUUCAGUCGAUUUGCACCAUCAGCCGCAUCCGCAUCACCAUCAACAGGAGGUUGAUUUGAGCCGCAUCGAAUCGAAGAGAGCCAGAGAAGAGGUGUCUUCCUUGGGUGGCGGUGAGGAGUCGCAACGUGAAGCAGCAGCCGCUGCCUCGACACAUCCUGUUGGUGGCGGUACCGCCCUUCACGAUUCAUAUCACGAAGAGUCAAGACGUCGUGAACACUCGCUGGACAAGGAAGGUGGUGCAAGCGGAAUAGGUGAAUCGGACCAUGAAGGAGGUGGUGGGGCUGCUGGUGCUGAGGAACGACGCAGAACAUCACGACGCCACAAUCACCAGCAGUCGUCAUUGCUGGCAGAGGAUGAGGCCAAUCGAUCCGAGUCGGAGGGUCGCAACGAUCUGUCCGGUCAUGGCCAGACACGCAAAUCCACGCGCUCCAGCGUGGAUGCGGCCAACUCGAGCGGAUGUGAGUCAAACGGUGGCGGUGGUGGAUCUUCGCAAACCGCAGCAGCUGCACUGGCAGGAUCUUCGGGAUCGGGCGGUAGCAGUGCUCGACGAACGACCCGCAGUAAACGGCCUCGCAGUGGUGAAGAUCUCGAGUCAGUGGGUGUACCAGAGCGGAAGCGUGAGUUGCGCUCUAGUGCCGGACGACAGGCCGCGGCAGCGGCAGCGAGAAUGGCUGCUGAAGCGAAGGCAGCCGCUGCUGCAGCGGCGGCGGCGGCCGCAUCGGGAGGAUUCUCUGACAGUAGCACCGGUUCGCUCAAUCUCUCCGGCAAGGACCAUCAUCUGCAGCAGCACGAUUCGGAUGAUCAACAGAUUUGACCGAAAACCAGCAAAUGACGCAUAUAAAUAGGCGGAACGUAGAGUUAGCGACAUUAGUUCAGCGGGAAAGAGCAGUUUACACUGAUAUUAAGGCAAGGUAUCUAGACUCCCGCAUUGUUGUGACUAACAGAUCAAACCGGUAGCAUGUGGGUGUGGUGUGGUAACCAAACACAAACAACCACGUUGCUCCAUUAUGGAAGCCAUGGUGAUAUUGUCAAAUGGUAAAUGAUGUGUAUAGGACGAGAAGCAUAAGUUCCGCUUCGAAUGGGCUAAUGUUUGAGAUCUGUAAUGUACUCUGCAAAAUGUUUUGGGAACAACUUGUGCUUGUUCAUAGUGGAAGGAACAGCAUUAGGGUGUCGUUAUAAUUAUUCGAACGAAGACAGAGCAGGUUGAGUGUGAUGGUAUUGGAAAGUGAAUGAAGAUGAUGAUGGAUGAUGUGGUCGGGUUACGUUACGUUAGUGUUGUGUUACGCUCAAAAGAAUGACGAUUGUUUAAAUAAAUUGUGGGAAAUGAUCGUCAUUUGCUGACCGUAAAUGGUUUCACAAACAGAAUGUUCCUUCCAUGGAAGUGUUCUACACAGAUAUUGUUGCACCACUCAUUCAAUUCACACCAUCAUCUGCUUGUAAAGGCAGCAACCCCUCAGCCCAGCUAAAGGGGAAGUGUUGGCGAUUACAGAAACAUACAUACACACACCGACUGGUGAAAUACAAAUGGAAAUGGACGUCUCUCAAAUCGAUAGAUUGAGAAUAAAAGAGAAACACAGCAGUUGUAUAAAAUAGACAGAUAGAUGCGAGCAAGAAGGCGGCAUAGAAGAAACUUUAACAAACCUGUAGAGAGCGUAGAGUUAAACGGAUUACAACACUAGUAGGGCGAUCGAGCGCGCACCGCCCAUAGAAAGUAAGGACAAGAUGAUGCGCCAAUAGGUAACAGACAUACACACAAACACAUCUAUAUAUAUAUAUUCAUAUAUAUAGACUUGGGUAAUCCCAUGUCAUCAUCCAACAUAUUAAUUGGAAGAAGUAGGCGCCUUUAGGUGUAGCUAUGUUGGGUAGCAGCCUACUAGGCAGCAACGAUAUGAAGGCAAAAGGAAAGUAUAAACGGAGAGAGCGUGAGCAGUCCGCUUUAUGCGUGUCGCGCACCAUGUGCAGCAGCCACUCCCCAAAACACCAUUUCGCCUCAUAAUCGCGAGACUGGCAAAUUCUGAAAAAUGCGCUUGAUACAGGGUGUCUCACCCGCCCUCCCACGUGUUGCUAACCAGAUCCGGUGUGCGUGCGCGCGCUCUAGUAAUGUACGGGAGAGGGAUAAUUAGUUGUCUCUCGUCUUCGCUAAGUUAGUAAUUUAGGAAACAAUUUAAAUAAUAACCAUUAUUUAUUUUUGAAAUUAUUUUGUUUUUUUUUUAAACUACAUUAGAGGACCUUUAUAGCCACCCCUAGAAGCGACAUAAGGGACAAAGAGUGAGGAGAAGGGAAAGGCAAGAGAUGGAUCAAAAGGCAUUCCUAGGUGUAGUAGCCAGCCAUCCAGACGAUAAGAGCAAAACCAUCAUCAGCUAGCGAAGAGGUGCCAACCCAUCUUCCUUGGAACAGGAGGACGGUGUUGUGCGCUUGGCGCACUGUAGUUUUGUUGUGUAGUAGGCCUAGGCGGAAAAUUGUGUGUAUUUUGCCAUUUACUACUUGUGUACAUAUACAUCUUAACCUACCUGAUCAUUCUUAUUUUCCUUCGUCUCCCUCCCAUUCUUCUUCUACUUCUCUAUCCAAUUGUGUCCGCCGAAUGGUUCACGCACGCCGUAGAGAGGGAGAGGGGGCGGAGUGGAGGGUAGAGUUAAAAAGAAGAUAAAAGAUUGACAGAACACAACUGCACCUUCGUUUUAUCUAGACUUAAACAAGAAUGAAGAUAGUUAAAAACUAAUCACACUAAAACGGAAAGUGCACGAGAAAAUGUGCGAAGGAGUUGAGCGACUACUAGCAAAAACGGAGGGAAAGAAAUGUUUAAGUGCUGUGCUGGAAAGAAAGUGCGCUCGGGGGUAUGUGAAGAAAUAUUUAGCGUAAAGGAGGCGAGGUAUUGAAAUCUAAAAAAAAUGCAUCUAACAUAUUCAAAUGGAAACAACAGGAGAACGGAAAUAAUGUAACUACUCAUACAAACGACAAAAUAGCAAAACAGAAAACUAUUAAGGUAAACGCUCUCCCCUAAUCACUCACACCCACCACAUCCACUAACAUCGUGAUGCAGGGAUAUGGUGGACGUGGUUAGGUACAUCUUUGACAUUUUUCCCCCUCAGAAUACAAAAGGACACAAAGCAAACAAAAAAAAAAGGAAAAAAGGUUGGCAGGAGCGAUAGAGUGUGUAGCCAGUUUAUUGCGGAAGAGCAAGCGCUUCGAACAGACUUAGAGCAAAGGGAAGAAGGUGGGCGAAUGAGACGAAAUGAAAAUUGGGAAUGUAAUAAAUGGCGAUUGUUUAAUGAA